AAUUAAUAUAAUAAAAUAUACAAGAAUAUAAUGCUAUCUGCCAAAUCCCUCCUUAUACGGAACGUUAAGAAUAUAACUAAGCUAAGGAGUCCAGGAUUAAAGCCAUAUUCAUUCAUGAAGCAUAGAUCGUUAACAAUGACGCUCCCCUUGAAACAAAAAUCUUGGGUGUCAACUUCUGAAUUGCCAGCUGCAUCAGAGUACACUGACACAGAUCUGGACUACUCCUUAGAUCAUCAGGAGCUGAAUGGCUUGAAACACGUCAGUCAAAUCAGCUCAACUGCUUUCUCCAAACACCAGCUAGCAGAUCUUGAAUGUGAUGAAGAAAGCUAUAUUUCCGAUUUCGAAAACUUCACUCAAAACAAUUUAUUCAAGAACUCAAUUGGGUACGGCUUACAGGAUGAAUCACAAAAAGCCAGAGUUUUUGAUAAAGAAGAAAGCAAGGAAAAUUUUGAUGAUGAACUCCAACAAAAUCUGGAGAACACCCUAAUAGACUCAAUUAAGGAUAUCGACAAGACCAAUACCCUUGAAAAAUUAUUUAAAAACUCAAAGUUGUCUGACCUCAGUGGUGAGAUUACUAAGAUCGCUGGAUUCGUUAAGUCCAUCCCCAUCUUAAAGCCUGAGAGCAGGAAGUCAGCCAUGAUUUUCCUUGUCAGUUUGGACUAUCUGGUCAAAGGGCUCUUCACACACUGGCAGAUCACUCUUGCCGAUGAAUCCAAGAAAUUCAAAUAUUCAAAAAUAAGACGGAAAAUGCAAGAUGAUGCGUUAAUAAUGAAGGAUGAUCUUAAGUACAACAUUCUUAUAGGUGACCAGUUCCAUGCUAUGGCUUAUCAUCUCACUGCCAGACUGGGUAGCAAUGAACUAUCUACUAUAUUAACCAGGAUUGAAGAGAACUUUGCGAAGAUCAUCUUCAGAGAUGGGUACAACGGAUGAAAGACCCAUAACCUUAAGAAAUUGUACAAGCAUUUUUAUAACUAUCUACCAACCUUCUUUGGUCAAGGAUUCAAAGGAAUUGCGAUUAUCUCAGAAAUGAGACCUUCAAGUAUCGACCAAAGUUUCAAGUUAGGUAUUGAGUACGGAUUUUGAAUGCAGUUCGGUAUUUUCUCCUACAUCAUGUCGGCCAUUGAGAACCGUAGAGAAAAAGAAGUUGUCAAGACCAAACUCAAAAAGAUCAGCUCGCUCGUCCAGCUGCUUUCAAUCGAAACUCUUCAAGAAAUUUUGAACUCAGUGAGCAUCCUCAAGUACAAAGACUUUAAGAAGGAGUUCGCUCAGCUUUCAGUGAUGCAUGCUCACAAGUGAUUUGAGAUUCUGGAGGAGAUGGAUGUGGAGGAAGAAAUGAGGCUGAAGAUGAUGGCCCACAUUUCUGAAUUCACCGACGAGCUUAUCAUCACGACAGGGGUGAAUAUACAUACCUAAACAUGACUUUUUAUUUCAUUUUAAUACUUAGGUCCAAUAAUCAUU